AUGUCGGACACUAUCGCCUGGACUGAAACCAAAGCAUUGUCUUUCGACAUUUACGGCACAUUAAUCGACUGGGAGAGUGGCAUUGUCUUUUCAGCGCGCGCCACUGCACUAGGACCAUUCUUGCCACAAGACCGCAAACAACUAUUACUAGACAUUGAAAAACAUGACACCAAGAUCCAGAGGGAAAACCCCACACUUCCUCAGACGAAAAUUAUCUCUGCCGGGCUGAAAAGUUACGCCCAAGAACUCGAGCUCGUCCAGAAAGGCAGCCUGAGCCAACAACAAGUUGAUGAAGCGGCAGACGCUUAUAGUCAGCAAAUUGGCUCCUACCCUGCCUUCGCAGAUACGGUGGCUGCGAUCCAAUCUCUCGGCAAGCGAUACAAGUUGAUUCCGCUCUCGAACGUCGAUCGCUCAUCGUUCGAGAAGACCCUGAGCGGUCCAUUGAAGGGCUGCCAUUUUGACGCAAUCUACACAGCAGAGGACAUCGGCUCCUACAAGCCCGCUGCGCGAAAUUUCGAAUAUCUUCUUGAGCACGUUCGGACAGAAUUUGGAUUUCAAAAGAACGAAUUAAGCCACGUAGCGCAAAGUCUCUUCCACGAUCAUGAGCCAGCCAAGAAGUUUGACCUCCAGAGCGUUUGGGUAGACCGUUCGGGCUUCAUGGGAGCACAAACAGCGAGAUCGGACGAUUUGGCGAGCGAGUUCGGAUUCAAGCUGAAGGUGCAGAGUUUGGGAGAAUUGGCAGAAAUCGUAGAAAGGGCAUUUGCUAAGGCCGCAUGA